UUAAACAAUCGAUGUAUCAUACAUUUUCUUCUCUUCUAAUUUUUCUGAUUUAAAGAUAAAGAAAUUUCAGGUCGAAUAUGAACGGAGUUGUCUGUAUAUUUGUCUCUCUAGUUGCCUUGGUGUUUGCCUCAGAUGUUAUUGAACUGUCUGAUUCAACUUUUGAGUCUGUGAUUGAAGAGAAAGAAAUCAUUCUAGUCGAAUUUUUUGCGCCUUGGUGUGGUCAUUGUAAAAAACUUGCCCCAGAGUAUGAAAAGGCAGCUACAGCUUUGCUGAAAAAUGAUCCUCCAAUUCCUCUGGCAAAGGUUGACUGUACUGAAGCCGGUAAAGAGUCAUGCUCAAAGUUUGGUGUCUCAGGAUAUCCAACCUUGAAAGUUUUUAGAGGAAUUGAAAAUAUCGAAGACUACAGUGGUCCACGGGAAGCAAGUGGUAUCAUUAGUUACAUGAAAUCGAAAGCAGGGCCAGCAGCUAAGGAAUUGAAGACUGUAGAGGAUCUUACAAAAAUACAGGCUUCAGAUGAAGUUUAUAUCAUCGGCUUUUUCAAGGAAGGUUCAUCACUCAGCUCAGCUUUUGCAUCUGCUUCAAACAAAUUGCGAGAUAACUUUAAGCUGGCGCUUACAACAAGUGAAGAGGUAAUCAAAGCAGCAUCCGCGACUGCGGAGACAGUGACACUCUACAGACCAAAGAGGUUGAUCACGAAAUUGGAAGAAAGCUCUGUAACUCUUACUGAUGCUUCCGCCAAUUCCGCCCAAAUUUCGAGUUUUGUCAAGGAUAACUUUUCUGGAUUAACUGGACACCUUACACCAGAUAAUGGUCCGUUUUUCAAGAAACCACAAUGUGUCGCUUACUACCAGGUUGACUAUCUUCGAAAUCCUAAGGGGACAAACUACUACCGCAACAGGGUAAUGAAGGUUGCAAAGAAAUUCGAAGGCAAAUUAACGUUCGCAGUGGCCUCGAAAGAAGAUUUCAGCGGUGAACUUGGUGAAAUGGGAAUCGAGAGCAGCAGCGAAGACGUGAAUGUAGUCAUCUGGAGCGAGAAGGGACAGAAGUUCAGAAUGGACCCUAGUAUUACAUUCAGUAUGGAAGCGUUAGAGAAGUUUGCGCAAGAUUAUCUUGAUGGAAAGAUCGAGCCUUACCUCAAAUCUGAGGAACCACCGGCAGACAACUCAGGGCCAGUCAAGGUUGUUACCGCAAAGACGUUUGAUGAGAUCGUGAAUGAUGCCGAACGAGAUGUGCUGAUUGAGUUCUAUGCUCCCUGGUGUGGACACUGCAAGAGUCUGGCGCCCAAGUACGACGAACUGGGAGAGAAAUUGACUGGAGAGGACUCAGUGGUGAUUGCCAAAAUGGACGCCACUGCCAAUGAUGUCCCGCCUCCAUACAAUGUCCGGGGGUUCCCAACCAUCUACUGGGCUCCCAAGGGCAAGAAGGACAGUCCGAAGAAGUACGAGGGAGCCAGAGAGGUGAAAGACUUCCUCUCUUUCAUUAAGAAAGAGUCUUCGAAUAAAUUGAAAGACGAGUUGUAAACACAGCAAACAAGGACUACGCGGCAGUUGAGCUUUAACAGCUCUAGUUAAAGCCAAGAACUGAUCAAAAGUAGACUUGAUUUAUCAUUAAUUCAACUAUGGAUGGUGACUGAUCUUAAAUACUCUAAUGCUGAUUACUGGACAACGAUUUACUGUGCGAAAAGUCAUUCACUGUAUUUAAUAUGAACACAUGUAAAUUGUCUAAUCUAACUAAUAGUGUACUAUAAGAGGGCUUCAUCCAUGAUAUUUGUUAUUGUUUUUGUCGUUGCCGUUGUCUCAUUCGACCUCCUUUUCCGUUCAUUCAGUUGGUGGCUAUUUAAAAGUAAAUUAUAAUAUUCGUGUACGAGAGAGUGCGUGAGUUUUGUUGGAUUUGUAUUCAAAUGAAACUUGAACAAUUUUAUUA